CGCAGUCCCGACACGCAACAGUUGAAGACAAAACACCGCCAUAUUGGCAGGAUAGCGCGCUGUUCGAAUUACAACCAGGCUCGCCACAGCUGGCUCAUCUCUGCUGGCUGUACCCAUGAAACAUGGUGGAUAGCUGUUGUGCCCCAGGAUGCAAGCAUAAUCGGGGAGAAUCAAAGGGCAGAGCGUUUUACCGGAUUCCCAAAGACCCUGAGAGACGACAGAGAUGGAUUUCUGCCAUAAAACAAGCUAGGAGCGAGCAGAAGAAAACAAAGCCAUGGGAACCCAAACACAACGGAUUCCGCUUAUGUAGUGACCACUUCAUAUCAGGUAAAAAGAGCGACAACCCUCUGUCACCCGACUACAUCCCAUCCAUCUUCAAACAUAUGUCAUCCCCAGAAAAGAGAAGAAAAAGGCUGCUGUUGGAUGUAUUCAACAGAGAACAGAAGAGCAGACUCCAAAGAAGAGAGCAAGCUAAGAAGUCAUCAGCUGCUGAAGAAGCUCCAUCAACCCACAUGGAACUUGAAAAUGAUUCCCAGCCUGUUCCUGAUGAUAACAACAAUCCAACUACACUGUGUUCCAGUGAAAACAGCAAACCCGCCUAUGAAAUGAUACAGUGUGAUCCUGACUGGGUCCCGUCUUUACAUCUCGGGCACACAGAAGUUGAUGUGGCCAACUCUAAUGACCCUUACCAACAGAAAACAAAGAAGCUACAAGCUCCUGCUCCUGUCUCUGACAAACAGUUUACUGAGGACUGUAAAGGCAAAUCCAUGAAGAGUUUGACCAAAUGGAGACGGAGGAGACAGAUAUUAUAUACAGGCUGGCAACCUGUGACCAGGAGGAUCAGUCAGGUACACAACAGUUCUCACGCUGCAGAGGUGCGUCACGAUCACGACUAUUCAAAGAAUCCACAGAGCGAGCAGGCCACGCAGACGGAGCUCGAUCACCUGGAGGAAGGUGUGCUGAACAGUAAUCGGGUCCUUCUUCAGCGCCUCCAGUUUGAGCCGGAGCUGAUCACGUUUUACACUGGAUUUAAAGACUACAGCACACUCAAAGCAUUCUACUCAGCUCUGCAGCCAACACCAGAGAUUAUCUGGAAGUGGAAGCGCACGCUAGAACUGAGUUACACUGAACGCAGCGCAGCGGACUAUGGCGGGUUCCCUGAACAGCGCCUGUGUUUGUUUGAUCAGUUGUUCCUGUUCCUUUGCUUUGUGAGGCGAGGGUUUCUUCCCGUUGACGUAUCUAAACAGCUCAUGUCGGAGGACGUUGUGCGGACGACCUACGUAACGUGGUGCCACUACCUCUUCUUCAUGCUGGGGGCACUGCCAAUAUGGUCGACUAGGCAGACUGUGGACGAGUUAAUGCCGCCAUUCUUCAGAACAACCUUCCCCAAAACACGGGUGGUGCUUGACAUGACUGAAAUCCAUGUCCAGCCGCCGGCACACAAAGCAAAGUCUUCCCACCACAAAGCCUCCAAAACUCUAAAGUCCCUGUUCGGUGUCAGUCCAUCCGGUGCCAUCAGCUUCGUCAGUGGCGUCUUCUCAUCCUCUGUCUCGGACGAGGAUGUCAUCAGGGAGUCUGGGAUUUUAAACCUCCUGGAGCCGGGUGACAAAGUGAUGGCGGAUAAGAGCUUGGACGUCGGAGACGUCCUCGAUGUGAUCAGCGUGAACUUUGUCACCCCCACAUUCUCGUGGCCAAACGGACAGUUGAAUAAAGACAAUAUGACGCACACGCAAGACAUUUCCUGCCUGAAAAUCCAUGUGGCGAGGGCGAUCAGUCGCGUCAAGGAGUACCACAUUUUUGAUGACGUUCCCUCUGCUCUUUGUGGCUCAGUCAGCCAGCUGUGGACAGUCUGCGCUCUGCUCACAAACUUUCAUGGACCUCUGGUUUAGUCCUCUUUGCUUACUGCACAUUCAUUAGUAAAAUCUGUAAAAACAUACAGGUUCUUCACUCCAUUGUUUGCACUGAUAAGUUUAUUUUUACACUAUAAAAUUUUGCUCUUUGUACAAAUAUUUGUCUGUGUGUAAUACUGGCAGAUAAACUCAGUUGUCAGUUUAUUAGGAACACCUAGCUAGACUCAGGUUCUGAUGUUAAAGUUCUGAUUCUACAUUGUUGUUUUUAUUAAAUAAAACAGUGUUAAUUGUC